AUGGCUACAAAAGUUUUUGGGAUUUCAGAAUUGUCAACCCAAUGUUUCUGGAGGGACAAUUAUCAGGGCAUUGUUAUUGCUAAUGAUGAUCAACAACUUACUAUAAAUUUGAAGAAAAAUGGAGGAACCACUGAUCUUUUUGUUACGGCUAUCUAUGCUAAGUGCACUGCUAAUGAAAGGAAAGACCUUUGGCAGAGUUUAGAAAAUCUAAACCCCUUCAUUGAUGGACCUUGGUGCAUUGGAGCAAACUUCAAUGUGAUUCUAGAUCCUGAAGAAAAGUUGGCAGGUAACGCCAUAUGGAUUCUAAGCAUCAAAUUAAGUCAGUUGUCCAAAAAUUCUAUUGGUGAUGUGUAUGAGCAGGUGAAUGACUGGGAAAAUAAAGUGCAAAUAAGAAAAGAAAUGGAUUUAAACAACAACGACUUUCAAUCCAUGGAGGAUCUUAAUAAGACUCAAGCUGAAUCUAUGAAGUGGCUUACUAUGCAAGAGUCCUUAUUGAAGCAAAAGUCUCAAAUAAAUUGGUUCGAGGAAGGUGACCUCAACACUAGGUACUUUCAUAACACUAUCAAGGAUAGAAAGAGAAAACUCCAUCUACACAGAAUCAAAAAUCAUAGAGGAAGAUGGAUUCAGGGGGAUGACAAGAUUGGAAGAGCUGCAGUUAGACAUUUCAAAAAGUUUUUCAACCUAAAAAAGGCUACAGUGAACAAUAAGAUCCUAGAUCACACCCCUAAUGUCAUCAACAAUGAAGAUAAUACUCUGUUAGUCUCUAUCCUUAAUGAAGAAGAGAUCAAGAACACUAUUUUUAAUAUGAGUGUUCAUAGUACUGCAGGCCCUGAUGGGUACAAUGGUGCUUUUUAUCAAAGUUGCUGGCAUAUUAUUAAAGAGGAUGUUAUUGCAUUUGUCUAA